AUUGUCAGUUAUUUCAACUUUGAAAUAAUUUAAAACUUGUACUGUGCUAGCUCUGAAGGAAGAUGUGCUUUUGCUCUACGCUCGGGCUUAAAGUAUUGCUUUUGAUAAUAAUACCUAUUGUUGCAGGAUUGAAUGCCGCACAAGUAGCAAAGGACGUUACUUUGCUAGAUAAACUAACGGGUCACCAUCAUGUCAUUCUUAUUAUAAGUCUAUCCUUGUGCGUUUUCAUACUAGUUGUCCUUUUGGCCGCAAUUUAUGCGGCGAUUCGCCAUCAUAUAUUGAUUCUAAACGCGACUCUUAUUUCCUUAAUAGUAAAGUGCAUAGCAAAGGGUAUCAUUUUAAUCGUGUCUAUAUCCACUGAAGAUGACAUUGAAAAGACCGCCGCUCACUUCUGGUUUAUUUUAUGUUGGAUAUUUACGAUUUUCUGCAUGAUAUCAAAUCUUUGUUUCUGGUUGCGGCUAAAGGAGUUCACAAGAGCAGUCGAUUAAGUUUAGAUUUU